AUGGUCCUGCGCCAUGGCGCUCGCAUCGGCAGGAAGCACCCGUUUCUCUUUGGCGUGGCAGUUUCCGCGCUGAAGACCAGUACGUCAGACCUCAUGGCCCAGAAAUUCGUCGAGAGACGGGAGGAGGUCGACUGGCGGCGGAAUUUCAUCUUCUUUACCUGGGGGCUCAUGUACCUCGGGGGUGUGCAAUAUUUCAUCUAUGUGCAUCUAUUCGCAAGACGCUGGUUUCCGAUGGCAGAGGCCUUUGCAGCCCAGCCCUGGCGGGCGAAACUUGCGGACCGCGCGGGCCAGCGGAACGUCCUGGCGCAGGUCUUCUUUGAUCAGUUUGUGCACCACCCCUUCCUGCUUUACCCCGCCUUUUACCAAGUGAAAGAGCUCAUUGAGGGCGGAACCCCACUGCAAGGAUGGCAGAAGUAUCGUCGCAACCAGAUGGAGGACAUGAAGCUAACUUGGUCCGUUUGGAUCCCGGUCUUCCUCUUGAACUUUUCCUUCAGCCCCAUCUGGCUCCGGGUGCCUGUGGUUGCUGUGGUCUCCUUCGGUUUCACAGCGGCACUCUCCUGCCUGCGAGGAGCUCCAGAGGAAUAG